GCCAAUGUUGUCUAACUUUAUAAGCCAAUGUUGUCUAACUUUAUAGGCCAAUGUUGUCUAACUUUAUAGGCCAAUGUUGUCUAACUUUAUAGGCCAAUGUUGUCUAACUUUAUAAGCCAAUGGCUGGGAAUAGACGAAUAACUCGGACAGAAAGAAAAAUGAUUAAGGGAAAGGGGCCAUAUCCCAUUAUUGGAGAAAACCAAAGAGUAACUAAAGUGUAAAGGCUACAGAAAUGAUGGUUACUAUUCAGGACUUCCAUAAAAGAGUAGAUGGUUACUUAUUUCGAUUGCUCUGUGGAAUAGACCAUGAGUGCCUGAGUAUUUGCUUGUCUAAGAUUAAUUUUUUCAAUCCUGAUUGCUUUGAUCAACCAAAGGCUCCCAGGAUUAAACUUUAGGGUUUGGAAGGUUGAUCGGAAAUCCCUACAUCGAAAGAAAGAGAAUUAUACCCAGAAUCCUACGGUAUAAACUUGAUUAUGUGAGUCGGGCUAAAUACCAAGCCGACCAACUAUCAUUUGACAAAUUGAUGAGAAAAUGUCGAUGCUUUCCUCAGCCAUAUUUGCUGAUCGAAUAUUGCUUCAAGGUUUAGUUAAUCUUCGACUGAGUAUUAUUGAACAUUAUUUUAAAUUUCAGUUUUCAAUUAUCCUAUUGUUGGUCUAUUGUUAGUCUAUUGUUAGUCUAUUGUUGAUGUAUUUGUUGCAAUGCCUUGCUCU